ACGCCCGACCUUCCAUGCUCGGGAGUUACUGCUCGGGAAGAGGGGGUGCAGGCCCUGGGCGGGGAGGCGGGCGCGGUGCCUCGGGAGGAGGCGUCAGCUGCCAUCCUCCCAGACCUACCAUGGCACAGAGCUGAUCAUGGUCUGGGUUGGAGCCACGCACCCAACAACAGGAGACCUGGAUCCCUGGGGGGGGGGGUCCUAAGGGAGCAGGUCCCGGAAGAGGGCCUGGGCCGCCAGUGUGGACGCCCACUGUCCCCGGAGACACCUGGCCCCGCUGAGGCUCAGCCCCCCACGGACCCCCGGGCUCUGGUGGCUGCUGCCCAGGGAUGGUGGGUCCCAGCCCCGCCCGGAGUCUUGGCUUCACCUGCUGCCGCUCCCCUGGGAAGGGCUGCCCUGGGCAGCGGCCGGCCCCCGGGCGGGUGUUUCUGGAAGGCUGAAGUAAGCCCUGUGUUCGCCGGCAGACUCCGUGCUGCGCUCUCUAGGUCCUCGGCAGCCACCCACGCUAGUGAGAAAUCACUGCUCAGGGUGCAGCUGAGUGGGACACCGCCCAGGGCCACGAGGCUCUGCCGGGGGCGGCCGCAACCCGAAGGUCACUUAGGGAGAGUGCAGCGCGCGGGGGUGCAUCCGCGGGGGGUGGUCUCCCAGCCCUGAACCCACCACCAUUCACUGUCCCUGCUGCAGGCCGGGCACAGAGCCCCCCAGCCCCCACCCCAUGGCUGGGAGAGCCAGGACCGCGGCAGGCCUGGGUGGCGGGGAAGCGGUUUCCCCUCACUGCACACCCAGGGCAGAGGGUGGUUGGGUGAGGCCGGGGGUCGCCUCCAGCCCGUGUCAUUUUCCAAGGAAGUGGGGCGGGUGCUUGGACCCACGGGGUUUUAGCCUGAGGGACAAGCAGCCGUGAGGCCCCGGGGUCGGGCAGCGCCUUGCUGGGGGAGCACACGUGGGGCCUCGCGGAGAAACCCACCAGCGGGGUCCACAGCCCUGGGAUCAGCUCCGGGGACCUGGAGGCAGAGCCAAGGGCACCACGCGCAGGCCUCUUUCCUCCGAGGGACACCCCCGCCCCCCCCACUGCCCCCAGGACGGGAAGCGGGGAGGGAGGGCACGUGUGACGUGGCUGGGUCUGCCCGGGCAUGGACGGGGGCCCCCGGGAGCAGAGCCCGAGCCGGAGUUCCCCUCGAGGGCUGCCCUGCGGGGUCUGGGGAGGCUCAGGGGGGCUGGCCCCACUGGCCUGCCCCAGCUGGGGAGCCCAUGACGGCGUAGCCUGUGUCGUGUGUCGUCACAGCCCCAGAAGUAGACUUGCUUUGCUGUGGCUUUCCGCCCGGGAGAAGUUCCGAGGCACCGGCCCCAGCAGACUCGGCCCUGCUUGGCCAAGCCCAGGCGGGGCUGCUUUGUCUAAGACCCGGCUCGGGCCCCCGCUGCUUCCUGAAGGCCUCGGCUGGGCCCGGAGCUGACAGGCACACCUCCCUCCCGAGAAGUGUCAUCUUAAACCGUCAGAGCAAGCUUCUCGGUAGGAUUGAUAAGAUGUACGACCUGUGCUAGAAAGGCCGUUGGGGCCACCGUGAAGCUGGAGCCCCCCAAUAUGCCAGGAAACGCCACCGCGGUCACCAGCCCCGUCCUGGUGACCCUGGAUCCUAGCAUGAGCACCUCAAACUGCAACGAGUCCUUUGAGGACAGCAGACUGGCCCUGGUGUUGGUGUACAGCGCGGUGUGUGUGCUGGGCCUGCCGGCCAACUGCCUGACCGCCUGGCUCACGCUGCUCCAGGUGCUCCAGGGCAACGUGCUGGCCGUCUACCUCUUCUGCCUGUCGCUCUGCGAGAUGCUCUACAUCAGCACCCUGCCCCUCUGGAUCAGGUACAUCCAGAACCACCACCGCUGGACGCUGGGCCUCGGGGGCUGCAAGGUGACGGGCUACAUCUUUUUCUGCAACCUGUACGUGAGCAUCCUCUUUCUGUGCUGCAUCUCCUGUGACCGCUUCCUAGCGGUGGUGUACGCCCUGGAGAGCCGCGGCCGCCGCCACCAGAGGACCGCCAUCCUCAUCUCCGUGUCCGUCUUCGUUGUUGUCGGGCUCGUUCACUACCCGGUGUUUGAAAUGGAAGAGAGGGGGACGUGCUUCGAGGGGUCGAUGAACACCAGGAUCGCCGGGUUCUACUACUUGCGCUUCGCCCUGGGGUUCGCUGUCCCCCUCUUCAUCAUCGCGUUCACCAACCAGCGUAUCUUCAGGAGCAUCAAGCUGAGCACUGGCCUGAGCGCCGCCCAGAAGGCCAAGGUGAAGCACUCGGCCAUCGCGGUCGUGACCAUCUUCCUGGUGUGCUUCGCCCCCUACCACCUGGUGCUCCUCGCCAAAGCCGUCGCCUUUUCCUACUAUAAGGGAGACCCGGGCACCCUGAGGACCUAUGAAGCCAGGCUGUGCACGCUCUCCGCGGUGUUUCUGUGCCUGUCCACGGUGAACAGCGUGGCUGACCCCAUCAUCUACGUGCUGGCCACGGACCAUUCGCGGCAGGAAGUGUCCAGAAUCCACAAGGAAUGGAAAAAGUGCUCCGCAAAAACAGACGUCUCCAAGCUUCACACAAGUUCGAAGGACUCCGAGGAGGUGCCACUGCCCAUGUCACUCACAAACGGCUCCACGUGGCCCAGGACUGUCCACCCGCCAGAGUCAGAGCUGGCUACGUGGAGCUCACAGGGCACUUUGGAGAGGCUGAGUGAAGAGCCCCACUGAGCCCACGGUCCUGCAGGGCAGGGUGGCCAGCGUGGGAGCCCAGGGGCCAGGGGCUUCCCCAUCCACUGAGCCUGCUGGCCGGUGUCCACAACCCUGGCCCUGAAAACAUGCCACCGAUUUCUCAUGCUGGAGACAUGUUCUCUGUAAGCCCCUGCCCCUCGGGGUCCCAGCCCUCCUAGGCUGUCCCACUGGGUCCCACACAGCCCACGGGAAGGGCGAUGCUUCCAGGCACAGGUGCCCCGGCACCGGGCAGGCAGGACGGCCUCUUGCUCUGCACUGGUGCUGGCUGGCUCACUCGGCUAUUAGCAAACAGCAGGGCUGCUGGCAGAGGCCUCGUGCCCGCCUGGUGCUGCCGGCAGCUGGCACACGCCACACACGGGGUAGGUGCCUGGUCACUGUCCACAGUGAUGACUUUAUUUUCUGUGCUUUUCUGCAAGCCUUGCUUGGAUAACUGUGAUAGUACAACACGACCGUGUUCUGCCUCGAAAUGCCCAUGCAAAGCGGGCACCUUCGCACAGUGCCAGGUCGCAGCAGGACAGCCAAUGCCUAUGGAGGGGCGGCCCCUGGCUGGGCUGGCUCUGUGCCCAGCACGUCUGACGCGGCAGGCUGCUGUGAGCCCCACAGGGCAGCCGUGAGGUGGGCGACCGGCUGCUCUGGCUUCCAGCGGGGCAGCCGACGUAUCCUCUGUAGGGUGCCCAGGUCGGGAAAGGCUGGUGGACACCCCAGGAAGGUGACACGGCCGCCCGAGAGGUUCAGAGGAUAGUUGGAAUUCCUCUCAUCAAGGCUUCCUGGCUUCAGGGUCAGGGGAGAAGCCGCCUGAGGCUCGAAUAGGGGGAUCAGGAGUGAGCAGGUGACGCCCCAGGCCUCCAGCCUCCUGGGAGGUGUGGACGGAAUGCGGGUGGGGCAUGGAACCAGGUCCCCGUGGGGCCUGGAAGGUGGGUUCCCUGGCAGCCCCAUAGCCCUGGGCCAGGGCCUGGCUCUGCCCCGACCAGCCUGGGAGGCCUUGGUUUCCUGUCUGUAACAGGGUCAAUGACAUGUACCUCGAGGGUCAGUGUGGGGGCUGACCCGCUGCCUCUGCUUCAGGCUCCUGAGACAGGAGCCCAGCAGGCUGCUCGCCCGCGGAGGGGCCCAGGCGCCCCAGGCACCUGCUCUUCACAGGAGCCGCGCCAGGUCGUGCCAGGUUGCAUUCUGGUAGUUGUGAGGCAGCUAGCUGUCCUUCGCCCUUCCCUGGAGCGAGAGACAUCGAAAAGAUACAUUUAAGAAGUCAGUAGAAAUGGAGCGCACACACGCAAGCCAGGCCCCAGUUCCUUCUCAUGAAACAACGUCAUGCCCCUCUCCGGGCCGGGGUCUUCCUCUCGGGCUCUCCUGGAGGCGUGUGGGCCCCUGGGCUCCGGAAGUGAUGGGCUUGGCUUCUGGGAACCGUCGGGAAUGCUCAGCACUGGGAGGAGAGCUGGGUGCGGCGGGAGGGGCCCGUCGGGCUUCCAUGGUGUCCCCCCCCCCCCCGUGCCAGUUUGUGGGGAGCUGCUGUAACGCAUUAGCACAGACCGGGGCCGGGGAGGCAGGGCUUGAAACGAAGCUUGUUCUCUCCUCGUUCUGGUUCUGGGGGCUGAAGUCCAGGAUCCAGGGCGUGGGCAGCGCUGGCUCCUCCUGGGGGCUCUGCGGGAGGACCCGGUCCGGGCUCGUCCCUCAGCUUCGGGCGUAGGGGGCCAUCCCUGGCCGGCCGUCACUGCCUCCCUCUUCUCGUGCCCUCCUCUGGGAGCCUCUCUGCAUCUCCUCUGUCUCACGGCCACACCCUGGCCUCCAGUGGCCACCUGGACACCGGGCGCAGCGUCAGACCCAGCGUGCUCUGCCGUGGCCCACUGCCCCUCGGGCACCAGGGUGACCAGGCUGCCUGAAGGCCCUGGCAGGUGCACAAGUGUCCCACGGGGGAGAGGGGAGAGGGGUCUUCAGCCUGAGAAACCGCCACAAGCCACCUGGUCCCGGUGCCUCGGCACUGCCCCAGGACCAGCGUUUUCAGACGACAGGUGGGCUGAGCUUCGCGGGCGCGGGCGGCCUGAGCUCUGGGCGAUGUUGGAUGGAGGCCUCCGCGGUAGCCAGUCGCAGAGCUGCUGCGGCCGCAGAGAUGCUGGGACGAGCCUCCCCGCUGGUCCCGCUGGAGGGGCCCCAGGACGGAGGCCCAUGGGCGGGGCCUGUGGGGGCGGGGCCUGCGGAAGGGGCCAGAUAUGGGGCAGGAUUCCGUGGCUGGAACCAGGGUGAACCGGGAUCCAGGGUCAGAAGGGGUGACCUACGGCAGCCCCGGUGUUGCAGCGGUUCAGCGCCGCCUUCAGCCCAGGGCGUGAUCCUGGAGUCCCGGGAUCGAGUCCCACGUCGGGCUCCCUGCAUGGAGCCUGCUUCUCCCUCUGCCUGUGUCUCUGCCUCUCUCUCUCUCUGUGU